AUGGCCAUAGGAGGAGAGGCGUUCGAGGCGCGAAAAAUCAGUGUCGUGAGUUCAAACGGCGGUAGCGGCGCCGCAGAGGCGAUGGAGGAGGAGCGGUUACCUGUUGUCGGGGCUGACUGCGGAGUAGGCGGUGUGACGAACCAAGCCGACGUUGAGCAGGCCCUAGCGCGCUUCGCUCAAGCCGCUGCAUCCAGCCCAACGAAUCCCCCGAAAAUUCCGCCGGAGCUGGAAGGCGUUCUCCGAGAGAUCGCCGCGGUGGGCGUCCCGUACUACGGGUGGGGCGGGCUGAAGGAGCUACUGGCCGCGAGGAUGUCGCAGGCGGUGGGGGCGCUGCGGAAGGACUCGGGAUUCUUUCGAGCGGCCGGGGGCAAGGACUACCCGCAGCGAAGAGACGAGCUGGUGGCUUCCCUCCGAAGGUUUGACGCUGCGCCGUUCACCCUCCAGCGAUUGGCUGAGGUUCUCCAGGACCCUAGACGGCAGUAUUCGACGACGCACAAGCUCAUCAACGGCCUGGAGCGGCUGCUGUCUGUGUCCAGCACCCUGCCCACCUCGUCGAGAAAGGCAUCAUCGCCACCGGGGGCGAGAGCGGGAGAAGCAGAAAAAGCGGCGGCAGGAACGCCAAAAGCAACGGUCGAGGAGCAGGGGGGUGUGCAAGUCCGAACUCCCCUAGGGGGGAGGGGGGAGGACGGGGGGCGGGUUGUCGAGGGGAGCAACGGGGAUCUUUCGGUCGACGCCGCUGUAGUGCCGGCAGAUGACGAGUCGACCGCACGAGAGGGGACCGGCGACUGGGAAGCGGGGAGCAGCGGGAAGAGAGAGCCGGGGAGGAAGCGACUCAAGGUGGAAGUCGCCCCAGAGGCCCCCGUGAUGAGCGAAUAAGUAGUUGGGGGGGGGGGGGGGGGUACGGGACCUUCAUCGCAUUCGCAUUGAGUUGAUUUGUUUUUCGCUUGCCGGUCUUGCUGGUCGCAACCCUGUUCGGCUGGACUGCAACAGCCCUCAGCCCGUUUUUCUUUUUCUUUCUGUUAUUUGUUUAGCCAGUUUCGUGUGAGGUUUCUCGUCGCCCCGGGUGGAAAGAGCGGAACGGGAGGGGGGGCAUUUGUCAACGUUUUGUUCGUGUGGAUCUGUGCUAGGCGCGAAACUUUCGGCAAGAAAGCUGGCGGGAAUGGCAAGACCAGGGGUGUUUUUGCCGUUUUACGUUUGCAUGAAUGUGCAUGAAUUUCCGCUCCGCUCGAGCGGAGCUCCUUCCCCGUGUCGUACGCUGCGUUUAUCGCAUCGUCAUACAACCACACCCGAAAGCAGCAGCGCAGCAGCGGCAUGAUGCAUGGUACCCACGGCAAGCGACGCACUCGUCGCGGGGGGAAGGAAGGAGGGUGCAGAAAAACGAAAAAAACGGAGAUUACACCUGUACGUAAAGGGAGCCGAGUAGGAGAGGCGUGAGCAAUGUACGUGUGCGGCGCGAAGGCUGGUCGGUGUGCGUGCUCCUCUUGUUGAGUUGGCACACUGCGCAUUGUAGUUUGCCCUUGUCCGGCCGGCCGCCGCGGUAUGCCAGAUUUUCGUACGGCGAGCUACUGUAGCCGCCAUUCCGCUGUACUCCCUCCAACGCGGUUGUCGGGGGGACCCGAUGUUUACAAUCGCCUGCAGAUGAUGUUCUUCCAACAGGGUGGCAGCACGUAAUAUAGAGGAACAUGCCCCGAGAGAGUGGCACAGGGGGGGGGCAGCAGUUGACGUUACGGUCGAGACUUCGUAUGCACAGCAUGCUCGCCGUUCUUUUUUUUGGGCGCCGCGCUUUUGCUAGAUUCAAAAUGUAGCAUACGAACGAGUGAAACUGUCUGUGUGAGAACUUGAGUUUCGUUUUCGUCUGCCAAGAGUUGGUCCCGCCCGGAAGCAAGAGGCACCCUCUUGUGCCCACGCUCUUGUAGUAGAAACGAACAAGCAGUUACGUCCGUUUAGAGCGCCAUGUACAUUCACACACGCAUACCAAAAUGCAUGCCGCAUUGGGCGCAUCGGCGUGCUCGGUGCAGAGGGGACCGAUAGGCAGCCGCUCUCGCCGCCGUCGCGACACGGGGUGAGAUUUGUGACAUCAAGACGAGGGACGAUCCAUGUAGCACCUAAGACCAAUAAUAUGUGGAGGCACGAAGGGAC